AUGCCUCCCAAAGAGGAAAAUGGCGCCGCUCCACUCCUCCUCAAGGGCUUCGACGCAAAGGAGCAGCGUCUCCUAGCCGCUGCAUUCAUCGCUACGACCGACAACGGCAAGAUCGACUACGGCAUCAUGGAGGAAUUGACCGGCCACACGCAAGGCACGCUCAAGAAAUUCUGGCCUCCCGUCAAGCGCAAGGCCGCGGAUCUGCACCCCUCCUUCGCCAAAGCCCAAGGUCUCGUCCCCGAGUCCGGUACCACUGGUGCUGAGGCUACGACUCUGACUCCAGCUCCGGGUCAAGCUCCAGUUCCCAAGCCAGGCAAGAAGCGCAAGGCUGCUGCUGCUCCCGCCGAGGCCGAAGAUGGCGAGGAGAAGGCGAGGAGAACGAAGACCGCUGCGAAGGGGAAGAAAUACCCUGCGGCUACGAAUGAGGAGAAGGAGGAGUAA